UCUUGCCCCUUCUACCUGAUCACAUUCCAAAGCUGCAGCUUUUCCUGGAUUCACUUCACAAUCGCAAGCCUCACAGAGAGCACCUAUCAGACUGAAUAUGAUCGUCUGCUCCUUCCUUUUUCCCUUUCAGGGCAUACUGCUGUCCAUCAGGAGAAGUAAUUAAUGGGUUUAUUAUGUAUGAAAGCGUCAUCCCAUCAGUUUGCUUUCUGGUUUGAAUAGCUCAUAUCAGCUCUUCAUUCAUGCCAAGUAUGCUCCCUGUCCGGAGAGAUGAUAAAGCCGCACCUCCUUUGGAUUUUUCCCUCACUAUUCACAACCCAGUGUACCAGAACUAUGUGCUGCAGAGGCACAAGGAAGACAGAAGAAACCCCCUCGUCCUCUACAAAAAGGAAGCCAAAGGACUGAAAAGUUGGUAAAGACAGGCACAAGGAAAGCAAGAGAAGAUCUGGGCUUCGGGUUGGAAUAAUUUUUUAAAGCAACUUGAUUUGGGGGCAUGUGUCAUUCUGAAAUAUGGACAGCAGAACUUUUCCGGAAGGUAAAACCACCUAUGCAAAGGGCCCGGAUUCCUCAUUGCUGAAACAUUCAAUGAAUUUUUAAUAAGUUCUGCACACUCAAGUUGUCUGUGGUCAGAUCAACUGCUGUUAUUGGAUAAAGAAAGGCAAAAUUCACCCUCUAGCUCUAUAAUCCUAUCCAAAUGGAAUCAUUUGUCUAUUGCGUGCUGUCUUAACUAAUGCUACAGGAUUACCAGGAAUACAGCUAGAGAGACGCUGCAAGAAAUCCAACACAGUGGUGAACGAACACCCGCAAGGAAAGUAGAGAAGGCAUUUCAGGUACCGGAGCUUACUGUUUCCAGCCAGAAUUAGAUUACUGAGCUUCAAACACCCCACUGCCAGAUGCUGACCAAGAAGAGGUGAGAUAGAAAAGAUAUGGUCUAGAACCCAAGACUUAACCCUAAUUAAGGAUGGAAGGUGAAUCUUACCACAAUACGACCACUGUCAAUGGCACCCCAGUAAGUCACCAGCCUUUGGAACGCCAUGGGUUGUGGGAAGUCAUCACCAUUGCGGCUGUGACCGCUCUGGUAAGCCUGAUCACCAUCGUGGGCAACGUCUUAGUCAUGAUCUCCUUCAAAGUCAAUAGUCAGCUGAAGACCGUUAACAACUAUUACCUGCUCAGCUUAGCCUGUGCAGAUCUCAUCAUUGGGAUCUUCUCCAUGAACCUCUACACCACCUACAUCCUCAUGGGACGCUGGGUGCUCGGGAGUCUGGCUUGUGACCUCUGGCUCGCCCUGGACUACGUGGCUAGCAAUGCUUCCGUCAUGAACCUUCUGGUGAUCAGUUUUGACCGUUACUUUUCUAUCACAAGACCUCUGACCUAUCGGGCCAAGCGUACCCCAAAAAGGGCUGGCAUCAUGAUUGGCUUGGCCUGGCUGAUCUCCUUCAUCCUUUGGGCCCCAGCUAUCCUCUGCUGGCAGUACCUGGUGGGGGAGCGGACGGUACCACCAGAUGAGUGCCAGAUCCAGUUCCUGUCUGAGCCCACCAUCACUUUCGGCACUGCCAUCGCUGCCUUCUACAUCCCUGUUUCUGUCAUGACGAUCCUCUACUGCCGGAUCUACCGGGAAACGGAGAAGCGGACCAAGGACCUGGCUGACCUCCAGGGCUCUGACUCCAUGGCCGAAGCGGAGCCAAGAAAGCCAGCUCAUAAGGCUCUGCUGACGUCCUGCUUUAGCUGCCCUCAACCCACACUGGCCCAGAGGGAAAGGAACCAAGCCUCCUGGUCAUCCUCCCGCAGGAGCACCUCCACCCCUGGGAAACCAUCCCAAGCCACUGGCCCAAGCACCGAGUGGGCCCAAGCUGAGCAGCUCACUACCUGUAGCAGCUACCCUUCCUCGGAGGAUGAGGACAAGCCUGCCACGGACCCUGUCUUCCAAGUAGUCUACAAGAGUCAGGCCAAGGAAAGCCCGAGGGAAGAAUUCAGUGCCGAAGAGACCAAGGACACGUUUGUGAAAGCUCAAGCUGAAAAAAAUGACUAUGACACCCAAAAAUACUUCUUGUCCCCAGGUGCUGCUCAUAGACCCAAGAGUCAGAAAUGUGUGGCCUAUAAGUUCCGACUGGUGGUGAAAGCUGAUGGGACCCAGGAGACCAACAACGGCUGUCGCAAGGUGAAAAUCAUGCCCUGCUCCUUCCCAGUGUCCAAGGACCCUUCGACGAAAGGCCUGGAUCCCAACCUCAGCCAUCAAAUGACCAAACGAAAGAGAAUGGUCCUCAUCAAGGAGAGGAAGGCAGCCCAGACCUUGAGUGCCAUUCUCCUGGCCUUCAUCAUCACCUGGACCCCUUACAACAUCAUGGUCCUGGUUUCCACCUUCUGUGACAAGUGUGUCCCAGUCACCCUAUGGCACUUGGGCUACUGGUUGUGCUAUGUCAACAGCACCGUCAACCCCAUUUGCUAUGCCCUCUGCAACAGAACCUUCAGGAAGACCUUCAAGAUGCUGCUCCUCUGCCGAUGGAAAAAGAAAAAAGUAGAGGAGAAGUUGUACUGGCAGGGGAACAGCAAGCUUCCCUGA